AUGCCAGAAUCAAAGGCAGCAGACACAACCAAACCAAACAGUGAAACCACAAAGUCCAGCACGAUUCAGAGCGCAGUUCAACAGACCGCAGUAUCAGACCCAUCAAAGGAAGGCAAGGAGGAACCGAAGAAGAAGAUGGGAUUCUUCGAGAAGUGGCGGGCUAAGACAGCUGCCGGUUAUGAGAAGCAUCGUGCCAGGGGUGGGAAUUUCUGA